UUGGACUGAUGGUCAUCAGUCCCACCACGUGUAAAUUCUUGUGAACAAAAUCAAUCGUAUUAUUUCACGCUGAUCCUGUUUGUUGAAGUGUGACUCGACCAAUUUUACGCCAUACAUUACUGUACAAACUCGACGAGUAUGAUCGUGUUACUGCUGCUGUAUUGUUAUUUACCUAAUGUGUGGACUCAAAAAAAUGUUGUGCCUAAUGGUUUGGGAGGAACACCUGUCAACAGAACCCGCGACUUUUUAUACUACCAUGAAGACUUGGAGUCACGAGGAUUAGAUGCUGCAAAUCAUGACUUCGAUUGGAGGAUCUGGGGCGGAGACGUCGUGUCCAUAAAGAAGGCACCGUACGCCGUGCUGUACGGCUGGGUCUGCACCGGCUCACUCAUCUCGCCCAACUGGGUGCUCACUGCUGCUCAUUGCCUAGAAAGCGAUUUCAUACUUGCCGGUUCGGAGUUUCGAAAUAAAGCCAAGCGAUACGCCAUUCAAAAACUUGUCUACCACCCGGGAUGGUUUGCUGAAAAAACUAAUCAUCAUGAUAACGAUUUCCUGCUGUUGGAGCUGGCCGAUCCUGUGCCUGUCACUGAAUACACGAGGCCUAUCGCACUCGGGUUCCACAAGGACUUGAAUGCGGGACAACCGGUAGUUGUGAGUGGAUGGGGUUACCCGUUUUACAAGUUCAACGUCUCGCGCGCAGACACGUUCUCGGCGGAACGACUGCGUCAGGCUUGGAUGACGCUGGUCAGCUUCGACGAGUGCAUGACGCAUUUGCUUCCCUACUACAAUGCGGAGUUCCACGAAAUGUCAGAACUGACCCUGCGCAUGUCCUGCGCUCUGGGCAACAGGCCAGCUUCGGGUGUUUGUUUUGGUGACUCCGGUGGUCCAGUAGUGGCGAACAACAGGCUGGUGGGGUUGAACUCGUGGGUGGUGCACUGUGAGCCACUGCUGAUGUUCGCCAACGUGCAUGUCGUCAUGAACUGGGUCUUGACAACUGCUGGACUUUAGACUGUGGGGCCGGCAGAACUGCUUUCAGCUUUGCAUAGAAUAUUCGUUUUUAAUACUCUUAACAAGAUUCAUUUUUAACACGAUAAGGGAGAUCGCAGAUGACAGACUUUUUGUGGCAUGGCCGCGCCUUAGCAUCAUCAUGCAUACAUGUAAUUCAAUUCAAUUUCUUUAUUUGCAAAAUGUGAGUUAGUACUUAAAGAUGUUAGUAGAUUUCACAAUGGUAUCAUCACAUUUGCCCAACUGGGCAUGCAAAUGUUUAGCUUAUAAACUACAAUAUAAUAAUAUGAAAUAUUACUAUU